AUGUCGGAGUUAUACACCAAAAAGAAGAUUUUAGCACCAAUGGUGCGUGCAGGGAGAACACCUCUGCGUCUUCUAUGCCUCAAAUAUGGCGCGGAUUUGGUGUAUACCGAAGAAAUUGUGGAUAAGAAGCUGAUAGAGGCUACGAGAGUGGUAAAUGAAGCCUUGGGAACUAUCGAUUAUCGAAAUGGGGAUGAUAUAAUCCUUCGUUUGGCGCCAGAGGAGAAGGGAAAGUGUAUUCUGCAAAUUGGCACGAAUUCCGGGGAAAAGGCAGCGAAAAUCGCUGAAAUUGUAGGUGAUGACGUGGCAGGCAUCGAUGUGAAUAUGGGCUGCCCAAAGCCAUUUUCCAUUCAUUGCGGAAUGGGCGCCGCGUUAUUGACCCAAACUGAAAAAAUCGUGGGAAUUCUGACAGCACUAAAAGCGGCUGCUAAAGUCCCAGUGACUUGUAAAAUCAGGGUGUUGGAUAAUCCAGAAGACACUCUGAAACUGGUCCGGGAGAUUGAGAAAUGUGGUGUCGUGGCGUUGGGAGUGCAUGGGAGGCGGAGGGAUGAGCGGCAACCGGAUCGGUGUCGAUAUGAGGAGAUUCGAGAGGUGGUGAAGACGAUUCAGAGUAUUCCCAUUAUUGCGAACGGAUUUUCCGGCGAAAUCGAGCGAUACGAAGACAUCGAAAAGUGGCGAGAUGCAGCAGGCACUUCUAGUAUCAUGAUUGCUCGGAAAGCCCUCUCCACCCCAUCGAUUUUCCGCUCGGAAGGCGUUCUAGACAAGUAUAAGGAUAUCGAGAAUUUUCUAGAGUUCGCUUGUCAGUACGAUGAGUGCUAUACCAUGACAAAGUAUGUGGUACAGAGGAUAUUGGGCGGUGAUCAGGAGCACGAUCCACGUGGCAAGGCACUGGUGGCAGCUGGAAGUGUUCUGCAGAUUUGUAAAGCGUUCAAAAUGGAAGAUUGUUAUAAUAAAUGGCGAGAUGAUCGAAAGCGGAAGCAGAGCAAGAAACGCGCUAGAGUGGAUGAUGAUGGCGUUUAUAAUAUUGAAGUCUCAUUUCCGCUAAAACGCCUGAAAAACUCUGUCGGCUUCUCCCCGACACCCAAAAUGGUCCUGCAUGACUACCUCGUCGAGACGAAGACGCCAAAAGCCACGUAUGAGACGGUUAAAAGAGAGGAUAAACGAUUCGUGUCGACUGCUAUCAUUGGUGAUAAGAAAUUCCGGUCGGGAAUCGGUCAGCCGAACCUGAGAAUGGCGGAGCAGGUGGCCGCUUUGGCUGCUUUACACGGAAUGAAUAUUCGGAGUCGAUUGGAGGGGAAUUGGGAGGAAGAUUGA